AUGAAUCCGAUCACCAAGAUUCUUUUGCCCAUGUUACAGAUCGUUGGUAAAGGCGGGUCGGGAUUGAUACUUAAUACUUUCGAGGAGUUGGAGUCUGAGUAUCUCCGGCACCUGAGAAACCUGACGGGAAAACCAGUGUGGGCUAUAGGACCCCUGCUUCCGAUGAGUUAUUUCGGCGGAGCCGGUAAUAAGGUUAGCACGCGUGGGAAAAUAGCGGACAUCGCGGCAGAUGAGCUUGUCCGGUGGCUGAACUCUCAGAGCGCUAGAUGGGUUGUGUACGUUUCGUUUGGGAGCGUGAUCAACCUUUCUAAGGAACAAAUAAAGGCCUUGGCCAGAGGGCUGGAAGGCAGCCAACAGCCCUUUGUUUGGGCUAUCAGAAUUACUGAAUCCGGGAGCUCAGGCAACGCAGAGUAUCUUCCGGAGGGCUUUCUGGAGCGAACAAAGGACCGAGGACUGGUCAUAUGGGGCUGGGCCCCACAGCUCCUGAUUCUUUUCCAUGCUUCCCUGGGCACCUUCAUGAACCACUGCGGCUGGAACUCUACGCUCGAGAGCUUAAGCCUCGGAGUUCCCAUAGCCGGAUGGCCUAUGUUUGCAGAUCACAUUUUUAACAUGAGAAUUUUGGCAGAAAUGGACGAAGAAAAGGUGAAGGAGAUUUUGAGACACGUGCUUAGUGAUGACAAAGGUAAAGAGAUGCGAACGACUGCGCAGAAGCUGAGGGACAUGGCCAGAAAUGCUGUUGAAGAUGGGAGGGUCUUCGAAAGUGAAUGUCCAGACGGCCGAAUGCAAGCCUCGACGGUGGCCAUGGCGGAUGGGCGGCGCUUGUUGGGGAGGCCGGGCAUAGUGGUGCAUGAAGCUCCACCAGUGGGGUGCCCCACUGUGGGGGUCGCGGCCCACACAGUGGCCUUGGCCGAUGUGUGA